AUAAAUUCUAGCAAAGGAUUAAAAACCCUACCCUGACCGAGCCUUCAUUUUUUUAUAUUCUAGGGUUUCUUUGCAGAGAGGUGAAGUGAGCCAGCCAGCCAGCCAGCCAACCAAGCAGUCGAGCUCGGAACUCCGCAACCAUGGGUCGUAUGCACAGCCGAGGUAAGGGUAUUUCCGCAUCUGCUUUGCCCUACAAGAGGACUCCACCAAGUUGGUUGAAGAUCUCUUCUCAAGAUGUGGAGGAGAACAUUUGUAAGUUUGCAAAGAAAGGUUUGACCCCAUCACAAAUUGGUGUCAUUCUCCGUGAUUCUCACGGGAUUGCUCAGGUGAAGAGUGUUACAGGCAGCAAGAUUUUGCGGAUACUGAAAGCCCACGGACUUGCUCCUGAAAUCCCCGAGGAUCUGUACCACUUGAUCAAGAAAGCCGUUGCCAUCAGAAAACAUCUCGAGAGGAACAGGAAAGACAAGGAUUCCAAAUUCAGGUUGAUCUUGGUCGAGAGCAGAAUCCAUCGUCUUGCCCGCUAUUACAAGAAAACAAAGAAGCUCCCACCCGUGUGGAAAUAUGAGUCAACCACCGCCAGUACUCUUGUGGCUUAGGGCAGCCACAUUUUUGAACCAGUUUCCCGGUGCUUCAAUAGCGAUUCGCCUUUGACUUUUAGCUAAUGGUGGUUUGAAAUUGAGGGGGGAAAUAUUAUGUUUAGUGUAUCAGAAUAAUUGAUAUUUUUUUCGUUUGAAAUGUUUUUGAAUCUUAAUGGUUACACGGAUUUGUUUUCUUAA